UGAUAUGCGGAUCACUUCUAACUAACAACAGACUCCUACAGUAUGUAUAACAGUAUGUAGCGUAGUCAGGAGGACCCAUGCCGGGCAAAACACCUGUGGGGGUGGAGAGCUCCUUUCUCCUCCCGCACACGACAAACCACCUCCCCGCCCGAUCCACCUCCACAGCGGUGAUGAAUAACACUGCCAGCGAGCGACGACCCACCCCGGCGGCGCCGCGAGCGUUGUCAUCACUCGCUGAAAGAAAGAUUACAUCCCCCUCCAAGCUAUUAUUUUUUUUAAUAGCUGUAUACACACCUACCUGUCAUUUGGAACCCACGAAGCUCUUGUCCUUUGCACCUGUGCAAUCCAUUUUUCACGACGAACCGGGUCUUUUGGAAAUGUAUGAAAAGUGAAUGAAUCCUCCCGAGCGUUCGAGCAAUAUCCAACAAUACAACGAGCCGGGAUUUUGGCUAACACAAAGGAAAAAGAGCUACCAACAGAUUUAGAAAAGCAAGAGACCGACUGGAUUCUGCAGUUUAAUGGACAAAGGGGAGAAGAGGAGUUAUGGGUCUAACGCAGUCGUCUAAAAGUCCGCAGGUGAUCCUGAUGGGUUUGGAUUCUGCAGGAAAGACAACAUUGCUCGCUCGACUGCUGAGUGGAAAGGUGAUGGACACAACACCGACCAUUGGAUUCAAUGUAGGAACUUUUGAUUUGGACAAGAGGACAUCACUGACAGUUUGGGAUGUCGGAGGACAGAAAAGCAUGAGGCCCAACUGGAGGUUCUACCUGGACGACUGCAAGGCACUGGUCUUCGUAGUUGACAGCAGUGAUCCAAGUCGGAUGCCGGAGGCCCGGAAGGCAUUGAAGAAAGUGUUGAAGGAAGAAAAAUUACGAGGUAUUCCUUUGAUGGUCCUGAGCAACAAGGUGGACCAGCCUGACACCAUGACCGUACAAGAGAUCUCUGACAGGCUGGGAAUGUCGAACUAUCCACAGCUGCAAUGGGAGAUCCAAGCUUGCAGCGCACUAAAGGGAAUGGGUCUGCAUCAGGCCUUUGCGUCCAUCGCCAAACUCAUCAAGAAGAACUAACAGAUGGUGUGAAAAGGGAGAAUACAUGUAAACUGUGAAUAGGUGUGAUACCAGAAGUACACCAG